CAUAGGUGCUGUGUUCAUACAGUAACCGGCAUGAGCUGUACACUUCGUAGUUUUUAAAAGCAGACCUGUUACCAUGUACUUGCCAUUCUACCUCACUGGGGCUGAAGCUGUAUAAAGGUAACAGUUUGGUUUUAGUUUUUAAGAUCUUGCAAAAAGAUAGUCCCUCCUCUCUUCCUGGAAAAGCCAGACAGACCAGUUGGAUACCUUUCAGGCCUCACUCAGAACUUUAUUUGUUCAUCCCUCUGCCUUUUUAAAGUAGAAAGACCUGAGACACUCUUAAGAACUGAGAAUCUUAUUGAUUUAAACAAAUGGCUAAUCCCAGUGCUGUCAGCAAUGGACAUCUACAUUGUCAUCAGAAACGGAAUAACCUCUUAAAAAGUGGAAUCUAUAAGAAAAAUGGAAUUGCUAAAGAAAUUCAGAAAAAUGGCAUCUCAAAUGGAGGGCUCUACAAAAGGCCGUUUAAUGAACACUUUGAACAAGCACCAAUGUAUGUUGCUGUUUUGACUUAUUUGGGCUUUGGCGUUGGAACAAUAUUUGGCUACCUGCGAGAUUUUAUGAGAGCCUGUGGAUUAGAAAGAUGUAACCUUGCUGCAGAAAGAGAAGAACAAAAAGAUUUUGUGCCACUUUAUCAAGAUUUUGAGAACUUUUAUACAAGAAACCUCUACAUGAGAAUACGAGAUAACUGGAACCGUCCAAUCUGCAGCGUCCCAGGGCCACAGUUUGACCUGAUGGAACGUGUUACAGAUGAUUUCAACUGGACAUUUAGGUUUACUGGAAGAACUAUCAAGGAUGUAAUCAACAUGGGCUCUUAUAACUACCUCGGCUUUGCAGAAACAGAUGCUAAUGCUUUGAAAACAGUGGCAGAUGUAUUACAGAACUAUGGGACAGGAGUAUGCAGUACCAGGCAGGAAAUGGGUAACCUUGACAAACACAUAGAACUAGAGAACCUGGUGGCCCGUUUUCUUGAUGUGGAAGCAGCUAUGGUGUUUGGCAUGGGCUUUGCUACUAACUCUAUGAAUAUUCCAUCACUGGUUGGGAAGGGUUGCCUCAUUUUAAGUGAUGAGUUGAACCACACAUCUCUUGUUCUUGGUGCAAGACUUUCCGGUGCUACCAUUAGAAUCUUCAAACACAACAACAUGCAGAGCCUAGAGAAAUUACUGAGGGAUGCAAUAGCAUAUGGGCAGCCUCGAAGUCGCAGAGCAUGGAAAAAAAUUCUCAUCCUAGUAGAGGGCAUUUACAGCAUGGAAGGUUCCAUUGUGCGCCUGCCAGAGAUAGUCGCCUUGAAGAAGAGAUACAAAGCCUACCUCUACUUGGAUGAAGCUCACAGCAUUGGUGCUGUGGGACCCACCGGCCGGGGAGUCGUGGAAUAUUUUGGAAUGGACCCUGAAGAUGUCGAUGUAUUGAUGGGUACCUUCACCAAAAGCUUUGGAGCAGCUGGAGGAUACAUAGCUGGCAAGAAGGAACUUGUGGAUUUUUUACGAACUCACUCGCACAGUGCUAUUUAUGCCACAUCUAUGUGUCCACCUGUAGCAGAGCAGAUCAUUCGGUCGAUGAAAUGUGUCAUGGGACUAGACGGAACAACACAAGGGCUUCAGAGAGUGCGCCAGCUAGGAGAAAACACAAGAUACUUCCGGCGGAGACUGCAUGAAAUGGGCUUCAUUGUAUAUGGAAAUGAUGAUUCCCCUGUCGUCCCCUUGCUCCUUUAUAUGCCUGGUAAAAUAGGGGCUUUUGCAAGGCGCAUGUUAGACAAAAAUAUUGGGGUGGUUGUGGUUGGAUUUCCAGCUACUCCUAUUGCAGAAUCGAGGGCUCGGUUUUGUGUGUCGGCUGCACAUACACGGGAGAUGUUAGACACGGUCCUGAAUGCCCUUGAUGAAUUGGGCGAUUUUCUGCAACUGAAAUAUUCACGGCACUCCAGGUCAUCUCGUCCUGAACUAUACGAUGAAACAAGCUUUGAACUUGAAGAUUGAGUUUCCCACCCGUGAAGAGAACAUUAUGAUAUUACAAAAAAGAGAAAAAGCCUAAGAAAUAUGAAUGCAUUUCUUCCCUUCUAAGGGCAAUUUUUAUUUCUCUAUUAAUUGACCUAAAGGGAGGCACUGUUGUUGCGUUUUACUAUAUCAAAUUUCCAUGUGCAAGAGACUAUGGCUACAGAUCUACUCCCAUGGAAUUAUAUGCUUUUUAAGGUAUUUUUUAUGCAAGCAGACUCUGUCCCAUUGGUCAAGUUGCCACUGUGCAGCUUUGGUGCCUUUUUAUGAAGAGGCUUUGGCUAGUUCUUAAUUCUGGUUGAAAUAAUAAAUUUGAAACCUGAAUGGAUUCCAGUGUAGUAUGUUAGCUUACAUGAGUUUCAACUGUCAGACUGGAUAAUACCUAAUGCAUCAAUGUGGACUGCCCUGGAGGAAAUGGCAGAUAAGGAUCUUCUUACCUAAUUUCCACAUUUUGAGUUCUCAAAGGACAGCAGGUGUCAGAAGGACAUACUAGCGCAUGAGAAAACGUUCAUACAGAAACCUACUCAUAUUAAAUAUUUCUGACAGAAACCUGUGUUCUUGGUCACUUAAUGUUGCAAACAAAACCAACCAACCAUAAAGUUGUAUAGUUCAUUGUGAAGAAAGAACACACAACAGGCUUCCUAGUGUGUGGACUCGGAGGUUGUGUGCGAAUUGAAUCUUUUCGUUAAAGGUGGAAAUUCUUUUCUGCUGCAGCAUUCAAUCCGCAGCCUUCUGCAUCUUGUUGCCACUGAAGUUACUCGGCAGGCUUGUUCCCUUUUCAUGUAGCAGUAGUAAACAAUUUUAAUAACCCUUUAACUUUCCUGUAAAAGCAUUGAUCAAAACACUCGGAUACUUGCAGUUCUCAAACUGCAGCUGACAUUUAUGAGCCCACUACCAAGUUUCCCCGAACUACUUAUGAGCUUAAUAAAUGCACUAACUAGUAAAUAAUGCUGAAGCUGCUCGUUACACAGAAUAUGAAGUCCAGGGUACCCUACACAGCUCUGCCACCUGUUAACUUGAAGACUCUUUGAUUUCUGAAUGUACUAAGUUUCCCUAGUUGAUUUAAGUAUCACUCGUUGAACUACUGUGUUCUCUCUUUAUGCUAUUAUGAUGUAUUCAGGUGUUUUUAGUUAAAUGGUGUUUAUUUUUCAAAUGCUUGAUUGAAAUAAUUGAGCUUAUGGCCCACAGUCGGAAAGAGAAGUUAUGGUCAGAGUUCCAUUUCCAUUGCAUCAGACGAAUCUACAAAGAUUCUUGAAAAAACAUUAUCCUCCUCAGCUUUACUUGUCUCACAUCAGACUGAGCAGUUUAUGAGGAGAUUUUUGCAGACCAUAGUGGUUGUAUGACACCAGUUAAAAAUGGUUCUGUAGCUUUAACAAACUCCCAACCAUUCCACAAUAUCAAAUGUCAUUGUAAACACGUCAGAUCAAGAGAUGUUUAGCUUUCUGUUGCACAGAUGUACCACACUUUCAUGUUCUUGAAAGCUCUGGUGUAAACUUAACCCACAGCUGCAAUAUUAGAUUUAGGAACAGAACAAUUAAAUUGUGGCAUACCAAUUGCAAUAUAUUACUCCCUGCUUGUUAAAGCAGCUUUAAGGAUAAAACAAGGCUGAUCAGUUAUGAGGUCCUGGGUUUUUUGUUGUCGUUGUUUGUUGUUAUGCGAGUUAAUAAAAUCCAGUGGUGCUAUAACUUUAAGAAUUGAUUACAAAACAUUCCAUGACAUCAGAGGUCAGCUUAGAACAUGUAUAUUGGGGGACAAGGAGAAGUACAUAGUGUCAUAUGAUUGUUCACUCUGAACUUGAGAAGCACUAAAGAGGAUCGAUGGAGAAGAUGUUUGUGCAUCAGAGUAAAUGCACUGCAGAAAUAUUUAAAAUGUUCUUGGGUUGGUUUUUUUACAUUUAACGUGAUUUUUGUUUCUUUGUUAAGCCCCCUAUUUGCAAGAUACAGCUUCCAGGCAAUUUGCCUGUAGGGCGAGUGUGUGCUUAACACUACUCUGUGAGGAUGGGGAAAAGAGGGGAAAGGCCUGCAGCUUUGGAGUGCUUUCCUUCAAGGAAAAAGUACUGAGUUGAUAUAUAGAGUUUUGCUCUCCACUCCUGCACAUCUGUGGCCAGUUCCUCCGCUAAUGUAAAUUGGCAUAGCUGACUUCUGACCUCCCAUCUUAGAGUAUAUGGUCACAGUCUAUACUUCAGAAAACAGCAUUACACGUGCUGGUACAACCCAUGCUAUAUUUCUCUCAGCAAGGCCUGAGUUUCAUUAAGCUAGAGACUGAUCACUUUUCAUCCUAUUGGGGAAUGUUGUCUGUCUAAAGCAAAAUUCCUCCUGCCCUCAAAAAUUACUCUCUGCUCGCUCGCGCUCUCAUAUUAAGGAGACAGGCCCUGUAUUUUUCAGAGUUGUCAGUUUAUAUAUAAAUAUUAUAUGCUUUCCCUUGAUUCCCUCCAUAUCUUACGUAUUGGAAAAAGUAUUCAGCUUUGAACGCUUGGGGUGAAAUCCUAGCCCCAUUGUUAUUAAUAGCAAAAUUCCUAUUUACUUCAACGGGGCCAGAAUUUUCCACAGGGUCCUAAUUUAGCUCACGCUAGUUUUCUACCAGUGUGACCUUAGUGGAGUUAUUCUAGCUUUACACCAGCGUGAGAUCAGAAUUUGGCCAGCCCUUGGUAAUGAAGGCACUUCACUUCAUUUUUAAAAAGUCAUCAUGUGAUGGGUUAUUUAUUGGGAAAUUAACACAUCAAGUAUAAUGA